UGGUCCCCAAACCCCACCAGCCCCGCUUCUCCCUGCAGUUCUAAGGGCCUGUUUCCCUUCAGGGCACAGCGGGGUUGGGGAGAGCGGAAGGGCGACAGAGCCCUAAGAGAGGUUUCAGAAUUGGUCUGAAAGAAAACCACCAGGCCGCAGGACGAGUUUGGCCGGCCUCUAGCCUCAGACAGACUGGGUUGGAAUCCUGCUUUGCUUCCGACCACCUGCUGAUUUGAAAAUCAUCUCUCUGGGCCUCAGUUGUCCCCGCUGUGAAAUGGAUCGCUGCUGAAGACCAAGGGCGGGAAGUGUCUAGCAGGAGAUCUCUGACCAGAACCAGAGAGGUGGCCUCCAGCCGCGCCCCUUCCCCAGCCCGGGAGCGGCGCCUCGUCUCCCAAUCCCGGGUCCCUCCGCCGCAGACUCCUCCUCCACUGACAUCAGAGCCGCAGGCGGGCGGAGAGAGCCGGCCGAGCGAGCUGAGCUGGCGGAGCCGAGCGGAGCCUCAGCCCCAGCGAGAGAACGGGCGGGCGGCCCAGGCGCUCAGCGGUGCGGACCGCGGCCGGAGCUCAGCGCCAGCCACCGCGGGCCUCCCAGCCAGCCCCGCGGCGGGGCAGCUGCAGGAGCCCUGGCUGUGGCCGGGGGGCAGUGGGCCAUGCCGGGGGCAGUGGAAGGCCCCAGGUGGAAGCAGGCGGAGGACAUUAGGGACAUUUACGACUUCAGAGAUGUUCUGGGCACGGGGGCCUUCUCAGAGGUGAUCCUGGCAGAAGAUAAGAGGACACAGAAGCUGGUGGCCAUCAAAUGCAUCGCCAAGAAGGCCCUGGAGGGCAAGGAAGGCAGCAUGGAGAAUGAGAUUGCUGUCCUGCACAAGAUCAAGCACCCCAACAUUGUAGCCCUGGAUGACAUCUAUGAGAGUGGGGGCCACCUUUACCUCAUCAUGCAGCUGGUGUCGGGUGGGGAGCUGUUUGAUCGUAUUGUGGAAAAAGGCUUCUACACAGAGCGGGACGCCAGCCGCCUCAUCUUCCAGGUGCUGGAUGCUGUGAAGUACCUGCAUGACCUGGGCAUUGUACACCGGGAUCUCAAGCCAGAGAAUCUGCUGUACUACAGCCUGGAUGAAGACUCCAAAAUCAUGAUCUCCGACUUUGGCCUCUCCAAGAUGGAGGACCCAGGCAGUGUGCUCUCCACCGCCUGUGGAACUCCGGGAUACGUGGCCCCUGAGGUCCUGGCCCAGAAGCCCUACAGCAAGGCUGUGGAUUGCUGGUCCAUAGGUGUCAUUGCCUACAUCCUGCUCUGCGGUUACCCCCCCUUCUAUGACGAGAAUGAUGCCAAACUCUUUGAACAGAUUUUGAAGGCCGAGUACGAGUUUGACUCUCCUUACUGGGACGACAUCUCUGACUCUGCCAAAGAUUUCAUCAGGCACUUGAUGGAGAAGGACCCAGAGAAAAGAUUCACCUGUGAGCAGGCCUUGCAGCACCCAUGGAUUGCAGGUGACACGGCUCUAGAUAAGAAUAUCCACCAGUCGGUGAGUGAGCAGAUCAAGAAGAACUUUGCUAAGAGCAAGUGGAAGCAAGCCUUCAAUGCCACGGCUGUGGUGCGGCACAUGAGGAAGCUGCAGCUGGGCACCAGCCAGGAGGGGCAGGGGCAGACGGCAAGCCACGGGGAGCUGCUAACACCAGCGGCUGGGGGUGAGGAACAGGCUCUGCAGAAGGGCAUGGGUGGUUCACGAAGAGGCACCUGGGCUGGAGGGGAGGGCCUGCCCCUGUGGCCAGCUCUGUUCUCUCUUCCCAUGCAGGGCCAGCAGCUGGCUGCUGCUGUCGAGACUGCUGCGUGGAGCCGGGCCCAGAACUGUCCCCAACACUGCCCCGCCAGCUCUAGGGCCCUGGACCUCGGGUCAGGAUCCCCUAUGUGGGAGGGCUUGAGGGCAGCCUGUUCCCCUUCCCUCCCAAAACUGGGAGUUUCUCUGCCCUGUCCUCUCCUCACCCACUUCCCCAGCAUUCCUCACUGCAUUUUCCAUACAAAUGUUUCUAUUUUAUUGUUCCUUCUUGUAAUAAAGGGAAGAAGAUAAAACCA